AUGGCCAAAAGUUUUCGAAGAGAAAGAGACAAAACGGCGAAAGCUUCGAUUUCUACAUCUUCGCCGACUAAGGUUAGUAUUCCGGCCAAAAGUGUCUCUGCUUUGCUCUCAGUUCUCUGUUAUGCUGAGUUUGGAGUUGAGAUUCCUGUCACUCGAGGCUCUUUCUCAUAUCUUAGGGUUGAAUUAGGGGAUUUUAUAGCCUUUAUUGCUGCUGCGAAUAUAUUGCUUGAGGCUAUUGUUGGUGCUGCUGGAUUAGGGAGGUCAUGGUCUUCGUAUCUAGCUAGUUUGGUCGAGAAUGAUUCUGAUUAUUUCCGGAUUAAAGUCGAUUCCUUUGCUAAAGGGUUUGAUCUUCUUGAUCCGGUUGUUGUUGCUGUGCUUUUAGUUGCUAAUGGUAUUGCCAUGAGUGGAACAAAGAGGACUUCUUGGUUGAAUUUUAUUACUUCCAUUGUCACUGUUUGUGUUAUUGUGUUUAUCGUCAUUGUGGGGUUUGAUAUGGUGUCGAACAUGGCUGAGGAAACAGAGAAACCUUCCAGAGAUAUACCUAUUGGUUUGGUUGGCUCGAUGUCUAUGAUCAUUGUGGUUUAUUGUUUGAUGGCUUUGGCUUUGACUAUGAUGGUGAAAUACACUGAAAUCGAUGUGAAUGCAGCUUAUUUUGUUGCUUUUACUCAGAUUGGGAUGAAAUGGGCAAAGUACUUGGUUGGUAUAUGCGCUUUAAAGGGAAUGACGACAAGCCUGCAUGUUGGAUCUCUAGGUCAAGCUUGGUACACCACUCAGAUUGCUCGGUCUCAUAUGAUUCAUCCAUGGUUUGCUUUGGUUCAUCCUAAACAGAAACCCCUAUCAAUGCUUCUUCCAUCGGAGUAUCAACGCUUUGGAACGCAGGCGUUAGAGGUUGGAUAGCUUAUGCUGUUAUUGGAGUUAUUUGGUUCAUAGGCACUUUGGGAUUGGCGUUGCUACCAAAAUCCCGUG